CUCUCAUUUUCUUAAUCUUUCUCUAUAUAUUACCUGGCACCUUACUCUCUUCAGAUUUCUAAUUCUUUCCUUUCCCCUUUUCCUGAGUUUCUCCUUGUUAGUCCUGAUGAUGAUGUGCCCAGUCUCUGGGCAGUUUGCUCCUUUCCUUCCUGCUUGGCUGGAGCAUCUCUGCGGGCAGACAGGGGUGCAGGGGAUGAGGGGAGGCUGGGAGCUGCUGCCUGUCAUGUGGGAAGAUGAGGCAUCAGCAUCACAGUAAGAAAGUGUAAUUAUUGGAAAUCUUGAAAGCUCCCUCUUGUUUAAAGAGGAGAGAGGAAAUUAUAAGGGAAAGGCUAAGACCUGCUUUGCAGAAAUUCCCUCAUCACCAGUAUUUGGCUCUUCAGCUAUGGAAAUAAAACCAACUGUGUAGACAGCACACAUCCUCUAUCCUUCAUUGUCUGAUCUAGUUGCUGGUUGUUCUCAACUGUCUUCAUUCAUGUCUUUGCCAAGCAAUUAGCAAGUUGGGUAAAAUUCUCAGUGCCAGAAUAAAACUGCCUUGAGAGAGAGCAGGAGCUUUCUUCUUUUUACCAGCAGUGAGAAAAAGGAUUGUUGAAUGUGUGAAUUCUUUGCAAAUGCACACUUGUAUGAUUUCCUUAUAGUUCUUUGGUGGUUUAUUUUUUUGUAUUCUCAUCAGGAAUACAGCAUUUAAUCUCUUCCAUUUCCUUUUUAGCAUAUUGGUGUUUCGUUUUGGGCUUUUUAUUUUGGCAGUUGGUUGGCUCUUUUAAUAAUCUUAAAAUGUGUCAGAUAUUUUUCCUCUCCUAGAAAAAAAGGACUAGUCCACAGACUGAGGGUAGUAUUGCUAUUGCUGCUUAGUUCCAUGUUUCUUUGUUUGUUGGCAUCCUUAAUGUUGAAACUUUUCUUCCUGUUCAGUUUGUGUGUUGUGAUUAUGAAGACUAUGAGGUAUGUGCAAUAUUGAUAAAUGGAGUAGACUAGUCCAUUAAAUGUCUAUCAAAUAGAGUAGGACAUUAGAAUUUUAGGCAGUUAAAAGGAUACACACACAAACUUUCUGACAUUUUCCUUUUUUUACCUCUGCACCAUUGGGUCCUGAGGUCAGUGGCAGCUGCAGCUGUUGUGAUUAGAGUGGGACUUCAGGGAGUCAUCCCAGCAUCCUUACUGGUGAUUUCUUCCUCUUCCAUUCAAAACCUGUUGCAUUUGCAGUUCGGACAAAUGUUGGGUACAGUGCAGCUCAUGAAGAUGAUGUCCCAGUCCCAGGCAUGGCCAUCUCAUUUGAGGCUAAAGAUUUUCUUCAUGUUAAAGAAAAAUUUAAUAAUGACUGGUGGAUAGGACGAUUGGUAAAAGAAGGCUGUGAAAUCGGAUUCAUACCAAGCCCAGUCAAACUAGAAAACAUGAGGCUGCAGCAUGAACAAAAGGCGAAACAAGGAAAAUUCUACUCCAGUAAAUCAGGAGGAAACUCUUCAUCCAGUUUGGGUGACAUCGUUCCUAGUUCCAGAAAAUCGACGCCUCCAUCAUCUGCUGUAGACAUAGAUGCCACUGGCUUAGAUGCAGAAGAAAAUGAUAUUCCAGCAAACCAUCGCUCCCCCAAACCCAGUGCAAACAGUGUAACAUCACCCCACUCCAAAGAGAAAAGAAUGCCCUUCUUUAAGAAGACAGAGCACAUCCCUCCCUAUGAUGUAGUGCCUUCUAUGAGACCAGUAGUUUUAGUGGGGCCUUCUCUGAAGGGAUAUGAGGUAACAGAUAUGAUGCAAAAAGCAUUAUUUGAUUUUUUAAAACAUAGAUUCGAAGGGCGUAUAUCAAUUACACGAGUCACAGCAGACAUCUCGCUUGCCAAACGCUCAGUAUUAAACAAUCCCAGUAAGCACGCGAUCAUAGAACGGUCUAACACGAGAUCGAGCCUAGAUGUUUUAGCUGAAGUUCAAAGUGAAAUUGAAAGGAUUUUUGAAUUGGCCAGGACACUGCAGUUGGUAGUGCUUGAUGCUGAUACCAUUAAUCACCCAGCUCAACUGAGCAAAACCUCUCUGGCUCCCAUUAUAGUAUACGUAAAGAUUUCUUCUCCUAAGGUUUUACAGAGGUUGAUAAAAUCUCGAGGGAAAUCUCAAGCCAAACACCUUAAUGUUCAGAUGGUAGCAGCUGAUAAACUGGCACAGUGUCCACCCGAAAUGUUCGAUGUAAUUCUUGAUGAGAACCAGCUUGAAGAUGCUUGUGAGCACCUUGCUGACUAUCUGGAAGCCUACUGGAAGGCCACACAUCCACCUAGCAGCAAUCCUCCUAACCAGCUUCUCACUCGCACACUUGCAACAGCCACUCUUCCUAUUAGCCCGGGUCCAAAUAUUAAUUUACAGCAGGGAUCUCAAGGAGAGCAGAGGAAUGACCAUUCGGUCCCUGAGCGCAGCGGUUCCCACAUUGAAGAGGAAGCACGGGUCGAACCCAUCAAGAAAUCCCAGCACCGCUCUUCCUCCAGCCAGCACCACAACCACCGCAGUGGUGUCAGAGGCCUUCACAGGCAAGAAACUUUUGACUCAGAAACACAAGACAGCAGAGAUUCAGCUUACGUAGAGCCAAAGGAGGACUACUCACAUGAGCAUGGUGACCACUAUGAUUCUCACAGGGAUCAUAAUCACAGAGACGAGUCCCAUGGGAUCAGUGAACACAGACACAGAGAGUCCCGGCAUCGCUCAAAGGAAAGGGACCGCGAGCAGGACCACAAUGAAUGCAACAAACAGCGCAGUCGUCAUAAAUCUAGGGACCAAUAUUGUGACAAGGAUGGGGAAGCGAUAUCGAAAAAACGUAACGAUGCAGGAGAGUGGAACAGGGAUGUUUACAUCCGUCAGUAACUUUUGCCUCUGGCAGUCUUGUGUUUCUUUGAAGUCUUGUAACAAUGCCCCUUGAAAAUAUCUUGGGUUCUUCUUUGCAGAACAUAUGGUAUCCUUCUGUAUGCUGAUUUGUACUGCUGUUGCUUGCAUAGCAAUAGCAUGAAAUAGAAUAUUCAUAUAACUAUUUUUUUGGUUAGUGCUAUAUGAAUUAGUGUAGUACAACUGAAGAGUUCCUGAUGUUGUACUAUGACAUUUUUCAAGCUGUUUUUGGUAGCUGCCACUUGAACAAUAUCUGUUGCCAUCAAGGUGUUGUUAGUGUUUUUUAAAAAAAGGUACAUUUGAUGUUUAAUAACUUCCCAUGUAUUCAGCAAGCCUGGAUCAGCACAUAAAAAAAUCUAAAACUUUUUGUCUGCUCUGAUUUUUGAUUUGUAUGCACUUGAUUUGCAUAUUGAUUUAAGCACCACUCUGUUGCUUGUACCUCUGGUGGUCUCCGUAUGAAGACAGAAUUCAGUCUUGCCUUACACACAGGGGAUCAUGGAGUCAAAAUCUAUUUUCUAUGUACUGGUACUGUGUACUGUAUAUACAGUUUAUAAAUGUUAUUUCUGCAGACACCUUCUUACUAUAUAAGUUUGAUCACACUGUUUUAGAGUCCUAAUGCCAAGUCAGCAGAUUUGCUUUUGAAUUACUGGCAACUGGAACUAGCCUCACUUAGGAAAUCUGUAACAGUGUUCAAUCUAAAUACUUUUUCUUCUGUAGCAGAAAGCUUAUACUUAUUGUAAAUAUGGAUGAGUGCUUGAGAUAAAGGGUGUAACUCUUAUACCUUACGCUGUCCUUGCAAACCAAAUUUUGCAUUUUAAAGUUAAGGUAAAGAUAAUGAACUUACCACUAUAAAUUAUUCUUCUCUGUUCAGGUCACAAUAUUGCAAUGGGCACAGCUUAAUUUUUGUUCUACUGUCAGUAAACAGAGCACACAUGUUGGAGGUGCGUAUGUGAGUGGGUGGGUGGUGGAUUGACGUUUGUGUGAGUGUGCACGUUAGGCAGCAAAAUGUGAGAAUCUACUGAAGAAAACAAAGGUUACUCAAAAGCCCAAAAAGUCUAUUUCUACAUUCUCUCUCCAAAUUUAAAAAUCCAAAUUGCAUUCAGGAAAUAUGAGGGAAUUUACUGACCCAGGUAACUGGGAAAGCAUAAAUCUGCUGGCUCUUUGUUGAGACUUCAGGAGAGUAAAAACAGGCAAAUGUUACUGUGAGUUUCACUGGAAAUGUAAAGUCUUUGUGUUUUAGAGUAUUUGUUUUAGUAAGAAAAGUUUACACAGCUUGUGGAGAGUUAUUUUGUUGGAAAAUAAAUUUUUGUAGCUUCUCCACUUUUUCUACACUUGCCAAUUCUCUGCAUUCCCACUCUGCAGCCGGCUCACUGCUUUUCCUUCACCAAAGCUGAUGUGCUGCUGAUGAGAGCAUAGAAAAAUGACUGUGACUCUGUUAGGAGCUUUCUAGAGAAAAUGCAUUGAAAUCAAAAGGAGUGAACACAGUUUGUUUUGCAAUGAACGCCUGUUGCACUGGUAAGUGGGGGAAAUUCUCUAUUAUUUUUGACUCCAGGUUCCAUACCCUUGCCUAGUGUAAAAGCUGUUCUGCAUCACAUGUAGUCUUUGUAGUACUUGUAUUAAUGAAAUACUUUUUGUAUUUCCCUGUAAAUAGCACAUUAUAUAAAGACUGUAGUGUGAUAAUAAUUAGUUUAGCUGGAAGUUCUUUUUAUUUAUGAUUUCAAUUCUGGGAAGAUCAGCAUUGCCUGAUUUUGAAUAUCAUUUUAGUGAAAUGGAUAAGAUAUAUGGCAGGUGCAUGCUUUCUCCAGUCUCCUAGCCUGGCAUCCAAGAAACUUGCUCAAACAUUCUCUGCCCAUCUUCUCCUACCCAUCUCCCUGAUGCUUUAUAAGCAUUUUUACAACAAACUAAGAGUGGGAAGUUCUGCUGUCAGUUAUCUGGCAAUUCCUCCCAGUGCUGCUGUUGUGGUUAUCAAAGGGUAGGUUUUGGCUCAAAGCAUGAACUGUGGGGAACACAAGAAAAAAGGUUAUUUUUCUAGAAAUAAAAUUCUCAUCAUUUUCUAAACAUCACUAAAUGGCUUUGUAGAGAAAGGCAGAAUAGGUAAGUAGAUCUGUUGUGUUAAUAAAUGGAUAUAGAAGAGUACAUAAACUGGUUUUUGAUUCAAGAGAAUUUUCAGGGUAUCUGUAAAAAAUGACAUUAAAAGACUGUUGUUUGAAUCAUAUCAGAUCACAUGUAAGUGAGAAAAAAAUUAUCUUGUCUUGCUCUGUAUAGCCUGGCUUUAGCUAAUUUACCAGGUGCAGUAAAUGGUGUUGCUCCCUGCAACUCAUGACAACUAUGUCAUCUAAGUGAUUCCACUUCAAUACCUUGAAUAUUUUGUUCUUUUUCUUUGUUGGGUUUUUGGUUGGGUGUGGGGAUUUUUGCUUUGUUUGGGUUUUUUUUUGUUUUUUUAACUUUUGCUCCAGAGAGUGUUUAUUUUUCAGUCUUAAAGUAUUUUUAAGGAAUGUUUGGCAGAAUUCCAAAGCACUGAGUAGUAUGUGAAAACUAUGGCAUAGGCAGUUGUGUAUAGACAAACGAGAAAAUAAAGAGAAAUAAAGAAAAUGAGAAAAUAGUCCAAGCUCUAGUAUUUAUGUAUGGCCUAUGUAUUGAUUCAUGGAGUACAAACAUAAAAAAAAAGACAAAUCCAAAUCCAACUGGUCAUAGAAUUGUGUUUUAUAUAGUGCUGCUAUUUAUGUAUAGAUAACAUACUAACAAGCACAUGUAUGUCUUAGGCAGACUCACUGAAUAGGUUUUAUUAGCUGAGAUACUUUUUUCAGUUUCUGUUUUAAGAGUGACAAAUUAUUUGUAAUGUGAGCUUGUAUUACAUAUAUUGCACAAUACCACCUGCCUGCUGAGCACUACUUUGAGAAGCACUUUAACAGAGUUAUGUCAAUAGGAAGCUUUAAAAAUACUCCCAAGUGGAGGACAUAUCAAAGAUUAUUGUGAUGAAAUGUCUUUGCAAAGUUUUGCCAUUAGAAGGUUUAAUAUUGGUUGCAUUAGGAUACUAAUAAGUUCAUACUUCUGUAUCUGGUUUCAGGGGUUUUGAAUUAGAAAUGGAGAGGUCCCAGGGAGCUCCAGAGUCUUAUGGAUGUGUGGUACAAAACAACCUGUAACAUUUACAUUCAAAAGAACUUAAAAGUUCAUUCAAAUUUCUAUUCAGAUUAACUAAAACCAGUGAAAUCAGAAGGAAAGGGAAGACGAUAAAAUAGCUAAGUGAUAUGUAAGUCUGGGCAGCUCAACUCUGUAUUUUUCUAAACAAUUUCAGUAUAUGGAAGGAAUGGGAUGCAUUUCAAAAUCUGCAUGUAUAUGUUAGAUGUUAACCUUAUUUUAAUGUGUUUUUUCAAAUGACUAUACAGCACUGCUGAGUAGCCUGAGUCCAUUACUAAGUUGUCUAGUGUCACACAAAUGUCAUGGAAGAAAGAAUUCUCUUCCAGAGGGACUGGAGGGAGAUGACAGUAAAAGUCUCCAGACCUGCUAAGGGACAGGACACUGGGGAGGAAUAAGCAAACAGGUUUGUGCACAAAGCAGCAUCAGUACGACUUAUAUGCUGAAAAUCCUAUUUUUACUAAAUUGAUCUAUAAAUUACUGUCCAGAAUUUAAAGAAUUCUUCUAGAAUGCUCAUGAAUUCAUAUUCUGUGUCUGGCAUCAAGAGUUCAGAAUUUGAAGAGUUCCAUAAUUUUUGCUUCUCAAAGAAUAAAAUAAAAUACAAAGUUUCUCAGAAGGCUCUGGACCUAUUUAAUGAAGAUCAGCUUUAAAGCCACAAAGAGUUUCAGUGGAGCAUCUCUUUUCACAGCAAUCUUUAUACUCUUAGCCUAUAGCCCUUAUUAUAAAUGGAGGAUAGGGAAAUGAAAUUCCACUCACUGAACCCUGAAUAAAGGGAGAGGCCCAUUUUUAUUUCUCCCUGCAUACCUGGUUACUCAUCCUAUACAGGCAGUUCCUGCCCAGAUCUAAUACACUGCCCCUUAAUACUUUGUCUUUUAUGAACCUGUUAGCAAUUACCAUUUUUAAGCUCUCCUGGUUUGUAAAGUCAUGCUCACAUUCAGGGACACCUGCAAAGGUUUUAAUGGGGUCCAUUAUCAUUCCCUCAGCUGGAAUGAAGUGAGUGGUCUGACUGCUUUUAAUCAAUGGACGUUCAAAGGAAAAGAGCUGGUGUAAACCACCUCCUGUGUUUGUUAGUUACUAAAGCCUCUUCAAAAUGUAUUUUGAUUUGUGGUUACAUUUGACCUCUGAUUGCUUUAAAACAUCAGGCUGAAAGCUGUUUUCCAAAUGUUUUUGACCUUAAUUCUAUUUCAUACAUAAAAAUCGAGCACAUUACAAAAAACUUUAUUACAAAGUCUAAACAGAGAAAUUAUUUUUCAGAGUGUAAUAUAACAUUUCUGGUGUGCAUUUACUUAUAUUUAUUACUUCAUUGCAGAUCUUUCACCAAAAUCUUAGUUCUUCUAUCAUCUGUAAAAUAUGUGGAUGCCAUUUUUACUGUGAAUGUUUUUAAUCAAAUGUUAUUCAAUCAAUUUUAUUGCUUGGCAAUUUGUCUGUAAUUUAUUUCCCCACUUUUAUAUAACUAUUACAUAUGAGCUUACAGUAGUUUUAUAGACAGUUUCUUUUUAUAUCUUACCACCCUAGAAAUGUAUUCCUACGCAGCCCCAGAAAAGGUUUUUAUCAGAUAUAAUAGAGAUUAAGCAGGUUCUUUUAACUCAUCCAUAUUCUCAUUUCUUCCUUUAUUCUUGCCACUUUUAUCUAUCAUGCAUACAUACUCUGCAAUGAAUUCCAGCAGUACAAAAUUUGAUUUGCUCAUAAACUUCUUAUUCAUGAACAAACAUAAAAACAAGGUUUUUUAUAUUUUAAAGUACCCAUUUUAAAGUCAUUUCUUGAUUGAUCACCUUCACUAGUCCUUUCCUUAAAAAGCAUAUGAAAUCCUGUGAUCCAAAAAACUGGUGCAUUCCAUGACACUGAGACAAGAAAAAGCUGUAUGAUAAUUUCAUAAUAUAUGAAGUUGCCUAUUUUAGUAUCUUUAUACUGACCAAGAUAGAUAUCUAGAUUUGGCACUAUUACUAAUCAUUAUUUCUGCAAAUAGAGAAAACUACUUUUCAGACUUUCUUAACGACAAGAUCUGAUUGCAUGCCUAAUCUAUCUAUUUUGUAGGUUUAAUCUUUCAUUAUAAUGACAAUAACUUUUUAAAUUUAAUAUAUAAAUAUCUCAUAUAUGUAUAUAUAAGAAUAUAUUAAUAUAUUCCAUUGUGCUUCAGCAUCAACUAGUGAAGCACAAUGAUUCAGUGUGUAAACAUUAUCAGGAAAGUAACCAUAUGAUAUGUUUAAAACAUAUAUACACCAUCCAUCAGAACUGUGUCAAUGAGACGGUAUUCCUACCACUUCUAAAGUCACAGUAAGAUUGGAAAAGAAAAGGGCAUCCAUCCAACUUCAGUCAUGUAACUUAGCCACACCUGUAGUGAGAGAAAGGCUGCUGGCUCCUUCAAGGGAUGGAGACUCUUAGCUGGGUUUCUGUUCUGACCUGCCUGACGAAGGUCAGAACAGAAGUUCCCAGCAGAGACAGGGCCUCAGGAAACAGCUGAGGCCAAUUCCUGCCAUAUACUGAGUGCUCUUCUAAGGCUAGCAGUUGACUUUUGCAGAAACAACCCUAAUAGCUAAAGUUCAUAUAUCAGUAAUUUUUUCAGGUGAAGUCUGUUCUGCAAUUACACUGGAAUUAAUGAAACGUUAGUUACAUUUUCUUUCCAUCCCCAAGAAAAUUCUCCAAUACUAUCAAGUGAGGUCACCUCCUUAAAAUGCCUAUCAUCCAAAACUAAAGGAAGUGGGAGACGUCUCAACAAAUAUUCCACUAAAAAUUCAGCAAUCUUAAUACUUUCAAAUUCAGCAUUGCACAAAUCCUGCUACUAGAACUGGAGGUAAAGUUCCUUACUUUAUAUGACUACACAGACUUCGGUAUAUAGUUUGUGUGCUGAUUAAUGUUUACAAAAUUUUUAUAAUCUGCAAAAAAGAAAAUGCUUUUUUACUAGCACUGAAUUAAAGAUUUCAACAUGAUCCUACAAUAAAAGAUUCAUCCCUUUUGUUACCAGGUAAUUAUUUUCACCUUAUUUAGACUAGAAAGAUUACAGUAUGAACUUACAUGACUCUAAAUAGGAAAUCUCCCCUACUAUUGAUGAACAAUAUUACUUAACAUUUUCUUUAGACAAGGAAUGACCACCAGAAGUAGAGAAGUAUUAGACAAGAAUUCCAUUUUCCUAUCCUGCUAGGAUAGGUCUUACAGAGAAUGUACUUGUCAACCUUGGCAGGACAGAAGAAACCUUUCAUUUUUAUUCAAGAGCAGUAGGAAACAUACAGUAUCAAAACAUUUAUGAAAAAUAUAAGUAUACAACCAGACUACUGAGAAUGAGAAUUGGAUAGAUUGUUUUGAUUGUGAGCAAAUACAAAAUACACUUCUUACAGUAGAAAGACAAAUUAUAAAAGAACUAUUGCUUUUUUUAAUCCAACCAAAUAGGUGUGAAAAGACAGACUUUUUCAGAUAAUGCUUUUUAAAACUGGAAAUUGAUGAGUGAGAGGAAAACUCCGAACACACACAGAUGUCAGUUUCUGUUUUUCCUUGUCCUAAGCUUUCCUUCUUUAGUGCUACUGUCAGUUCCAGCAGGACUGAGAAUACUGUUCAAACUGGAACUGAAGCAGAAUUUCCAAAUACAUAUAACAUCUUUUAAGAAAUUUAGAUUAUUUAAACUUCAAGCAAUGUACUAAGGCAGUUUUCAUUAGCAUGCUUCCCCAGUUUCAAUUUUCAUGAUUUUAGCUGGUGAUGCUUUCUAACCAAAAACGUUAAUAUCUUUAGUUGUUUGAAAGGUGAUUUGCAACAUUUCAGAUGGUAUUAUGCAUUGUUUUCUGUCUUUUGAUAUAUUAAUAUAACUGUAGCCCCUUCUGUUACGAAUGUUUGAUUUUAAAACUGUCACUUGUCAGCCAGUCCAAUAGGCUAUUUCAGAACCAAUACAGUUUAUGCAUGGGAAGUUUGAUGUUGAAACAAUAUUUAUUUACAUUCCCAGAGUGAGAUGGUUUAAUAUAUUCAUGCUGCUAUAAAAGACAUGCUACAAAGCCUAAUCGCAUUUUGUGUAUAUACUAUGUGUACAGAGAAUCUUGCUUGUAUUAAAAUAAAAGAGAAAUGAGGUUCUAAGUA